UGCGCAGCGGCUCGUUUCAUAAGCUGGUGUGCAGCCGCUCAGUUCAAGCAAAGAAGCAGGAGAGAGCUCAGAGCAGCUGAGAGAGCAGGGAGCUCAGAUAUGUGUGAGCAGUUAGAGGAACACAGACUUGUUUCGCUGCUGCAAUGCGCGUAAAAGACGCGUUUUCUUUUUUACGCACAGCGAAAAGUGUUAAAGAGUAAUAGAUAAUGAUAGAUUGCUAUCGUUAAGUCCACGUGAAUGACUUAAACUGUAUUCCUAUGUUUAUGAUUUCCAAGACAGCGGAGUCUUUAGGUGAACAUUCCAACAGAUUGUGCGGCGGUCGGGCUUUGCUGAGCUUUCCUUUGUUCAGUUUGCGUUUGGCACUAGGAUCUUUAACUUUGUUACAAAAUGAUUUAGGAUUAUAUCAGUAGUUUCAGAGUGAUUUCAGAUCUUAAACAGCAAAAUGGAUCCUUUAUAUAAUAUCACCAAUGCGUCAAAUUGGACCACCGGCUCCAACGACACUAAUAACGGGACCGAGUACUGGAACCAGUUUGUGCAGCCAGUCUGGAGAAUUGUGCUCUGGGCCAUUGCGUACAGCUGUAUAGUUAUCGUGUCCGUGGUAGGCAAUCUGACAGUGAUCUGGAUUAUUAUGGCGCACAAACGCAUGAGGACCGUCACCAAUUAUUUUCUGCUGAACCUGGCGUUCGCCGAAGCCUCCAUGUCCGCCUUCAACACGGUGAUCAACUUCACCUACGCCGUGCACAACGAGUGGUACUUCGGACCGGUCUACUGCCGCUUCCACAACUUCUUUCCGAUCGCGGCUGUGUUUGCCAGUAUCUACUCAAUGACUGCCAUCGCUCUGGACAGGUACAUGGCCAUCAUCCACCCUCUGCAACAGCGCAUGUCGUCCACAGAGACCAAGGUGGUGGUGGGAGUGAUCUGGGUGCUGGCUCUCCUCCUGGCCUUCCCUCAGUACUACUUCUCCAACACGGACCAGCUUCCCGGCCGGGUAGUGUGCUACAUCGACUGGCCCGAAUACGCUGUGUGUGACUUCAAAAAGAUGUACUAUGUGUGUGUGGCCAUCCUGAUCUACUUCCUUCCUCUACUGGUGAUGGGCUGUGCUUAUCUGGUGGUGGGACUGACCCUCUGGGCCAGUGAAAUCCCUGGAGACUCUUCUGACCGCUACAAGGAGCAGCUGACUGCCAAACGCAAGGUGGUGAAGAUGAUGAUUGUGGUUGUGUGUACGUUUGCCAUCUGCUGGCUGCCCUACCACGUCUACUUCCUGCUGCACCAGUUCUUUCCUGACAUGUUUGAAGAAAGAUUCAUCCAGCAGGUUUACCUGGCCAUCAUGUGGCUGGCUAUGAGCUCCACCAUGUACAACCCAAUCAUCUACUGCUGCCUCAACGACAGGUUUCGUGCUGGCUUUAAACAAGCCUUCCGCUUCUGUCCCUGCGUCCCUCAAGGCUCUUACGAAGGUCUGGAACUCAAGUCCACUCGCUACCUUCAAACCCAGACAAGUGUUUACAAGGCCAGUCGGAUGGAGACCACUGUGUCAACUGUUCUUCAGGUUGGAGAUGACAUAGAGCAGCCCAAGGUCAAGGCGGUAGCAGGUCAAAGACCUGGUGGGGCCACGGUUGGGGCCAGACCACAUAGCUCCUCCUUGGACCUCACCUCGAAUGGGUCAUCAUCCCGGAGUGUCUCCAAAACAGUAUCAGAGACAUCCAGUUUCUACUCCAGUAACAACCUGCAGGAAUAGACCUCAAACACAGAUGGCAUUUUGCUGGACAGCAGGAAGAGAGAGUGAGUUGACUGUUCACAUAGCUGCUUUUGCCCGUGUGUGUUCAUGCAAAAGUACAGCAUGAAUGUGUGAGUUUGUCUGCCAGUGACUGUGUGCUGUCAUCAUCCAUAACAACAUUGUAUAAAAUCCUCAUGCUGCUCACAGUUAAUGAUCAACUUUCAUUUGAAAGGUUUGCUCAGUGCCAAAAAGUGAUGAAAAGUUCUUUGAUGACAUGAGCACAUUCCAGUUCAAAAGUUAAACUGAAGCAGACGAUAGCGUCUCUAAUCUUCACAGCCUCUGCCUGUCACACCAGCCUUCUCUCAGUGCAGAGUGAAGGUUCACACAUCCUCAAUCACACAAGCUGUGUGACUUCACAUAGUCUAUUUUCGAUUGGAGCUAUAACAUGAGACAAGCAUGCUGUGAACACAGUGGCAUCUUGUUUUAACAGAAGUGUUGUCUGCAAAGAGACAGAGCUUGAAAACCCUUUACACCGCUAAUGGAGAAAACCUGGUUUUCACAGGAACUCUCUCCCCAGAAGAUAAAAGUUAAAAACACAGGCAGAUGUGUGGUUUCAGGUGAAAGGCUCUCCCAGAAGAGGUGUUGAAAAGACGGAAACAACAAAGCAUAAACUCUGAACUUUGCAUGAGCGAGUCCCGAGCUGAUCAGGAUGCCAACUCGAUCUCCCUGAGCAGGACUUUCUUAGCAAUCGAAUGUGCAAAAUGAGUGCCUGUCUGGCUGAAGAAGUGCUCAAAGGAUCUCCUGCAGGCGUUGCUGAAAAGUUGGAGCAAUCAUCUGAAACACCGGCAGCGUUUGGCUCAGCUUUCAUCUGGCUAAACAUUGACUUCAACAGCUGGAAAUAUCAUCUCUAAAACAUAGACGUGUCUCAAAAGCUGAAGAAGCAACAGCGAACCUCAAGAGAAAACUGAAAAAUUGGAGAUCGAUCCGCAAUGGAGAGAAGAUGAAAUAGUCCAGUUUCCUACAGAAUCAAUACAGUUUAACAAUAAUAACUGUCCCCUCAGCUGCCUGUCUGUGUAACUCGCUCCACCUUUAUAAGACACAUAACACUGGUUCGUGAUCUGAAUGCAAGGCACCCCUUUCAAACUGUGAAAUGUUUCUCUCAUCAGCUGCUCUACCCUUCCACCUGGCAGUAACAUGCACUCCGUGUCUAAACACGAUUUGGCUGGAUUACAUUUAUUUUUACAUUUACCACCAGUACACACACUUUUCUUGCUGCCUGUUUGAUAUUUGGUUUUUUUUUUCUUAGUAUUUUCAUGUUUAUCGAUGUGGCUAAAGUCAUCUCAGACAUCCAAAUAUCUACAUUUUAUAUGCUGUCACUCCACCAAAAUGUAAUCCAGGCACACAAGCUGCAUGUUAAUAUCAGGUUUAAAGGGCUUUGUAGUCUUUGCAGCCUGGAAUGUCCACAGGCAGCCUGUUAGCUAAUGGCUCUCUAAUGUGCAGUGAUAUGCCUUGCUGCGUAGCAUAAUGUCUGUAAAAGGGCGAGGGGAGCCGAGACGGAGCUCACUCUGCUGGGGUCCAGGAAAAGGUUGGUUAGGUAAUAUCAGCUAUGGAAGCCCACUGGGACAAACUGUCUCCUAUAGUGGUAAACACAUACACAUACCAUAUGUAGACCCAUAAACAUAUAACCACUGUAAAAAAUAAAAAUGACAAGCUUGUCUUGGGAUUUUAGAAUCAGAAUCAGAAUCAGCUUUAUUCGCCAAGUAUGGGUGUACAUACAAGGAAUUCGACUACGGUACACUUGCUCUCAAUGUACCAGAAUUGACAUAAAUACCCCAGAAUUUAGUCAAGAGGUGGAAUAUACAGAAAUAUACAAUAUACAAAAACUAUACAAAUAUACAUCAAAAAAAAUAUACAAAACAUACUGAAAACAUAUUAAAGGGGAUCUAUUCAGCCUUUGCCUUUUCCAUAUUUUGUGUCAUAAAUAUAGUGUUACAGUGAAGGAUGUUCAUAUUAGAUGUGGCCAAAGUGUCAAAUAAGGUGGUGCAUAUGUAAAAGUAAUCCCUGUGAGCAAAAACCUCAGGCUUUCUACCGUUCCGAACCCUCUGUUUCUGACGGGGGGUUUUUCCCUCCGGCUACAGUAUGACGUAAGCUUGGAUGGAAUUCUUCAUAUAGUCAUCUGCUUUAGGCACACUGCUGCAAAUGUUUACAUUAUGUAGCCUACACUCUUAAAUGUAGCUACAUGCUAACGUCAGUGAAACAUGUAAACUCGGUUUCAGAUGAUUAUUUCACCCCAGGUUUGGAUUCCUUCCUGCUGGAACAUGUCUGGUUGUGUUUAGAAGCUUUUGCCGUUAUUCUUCGUGACAGUCAUUACCUGGCUGCAAUGAUGAUGCAGAGUACACUACUAAUGUACAUGUAGCGACAUGCUAACAGCAAAGAUGUUAUCUUGGUUGCUAAUGUUGUUAAUUUCUCCCUCAUACAGAUCAUAUUCCUGCUGGAACAUGUCUGAUUGUGUCAUGUAGAUGUUUGGUGAUUUUUCACGUACAAUAUGCUGUUACUCUUUGUGACUGUAUUCCCUGGCAGCAAGGACAGUGCAGAGAUGCCGAGAUUCGGAUGACCCAGAGCCAUUUAAUCUUAACUUAUCGAAAUCAUUCUAGGAAGACCCAGAGACACUGAUAAAUCAAAGCAGACCAGACUUUUUCAGGAGGGGGGGGCUUAAAGAGACAGACACUAAAUAGAGCCUUCUCAGACAGAGGGUCUAUACAGGUGUUCCAGCACAGACAGUAUGACGAAAAACAAAGUGUUUUUUGACCAUUAAAGCAUGUAAACAUGUCCUAGUAGACCAGUAUAAACCUGAAAAUAAGCAUAAUAGGUCCUCUUUAAACUUGUUCCACAAUAUUCUCAGUCGAACUGUCAGUACUACAGCGGCAAAUAGUUUUAUUAGUUUCAAUGCAUUUCACAUUAUAUCAUAAUAAUCCAACUUCCAUCAAGAUAUUCACUUGCCAGUAUCUUUGAAAUAGUUUCAGUUGAAAGACUCCAUGCAUAGUUUGUAAUUGUGAAAUGGAAGUCAGAAUAUUUUCACAACAAACAUCCUGGAGUGAGCUUAAUAACUAAUUCCUCAAGAUUUACAUAAUCGCUGUGUACAGAGCAAACAGGCUUUAACCACGCACAUACACCAAAUAGUGAAGCUGUAAUUUAUCAGACAAAAGAGAAGAAAGUUAAGUAUUUAAGACUAAAAAUAUAUUUUCUCUUGAAACAGGAAAACAAGUUUUACUGCUCUUGCUUGCUUUGCACUGGAAAUCAAUUCAACAAUCUCCCUAUUAUCACACUAUCAGAUAUAUUUUGUGGAAAAGUAAGACUGAUCCUCCUAUAAUAUGGAUAUUCUCUGCAGUGUUCAUUCAUAACACAUGCACAUGCAAGAUUAUCACCUGUUGACACCCAUCAUUCUGCUUACACACACACACACACACACACUCCACAGUCCCCCUCCUGACUCCUGGUCUAUUCUCAGCGCACAAAAGCUGUUGUUAUGAAUUCCCGUGUCUGCUGACAUGAAACUGAGAAGCAGAUGUGAAGCAACACAUUGGAAUCACAAUGAAAUUAGUAUUCACCAAGUACAAAGCUAGCCAACAUCUGUCUUGGUGACAUGGACACAUAUUUAAGACCAAAGUAAGAGCAUAGUGCAAGGACAAAAAGGAGGUCACAUUCACUGCAAAAACUAAAUGAAAGGCAUACAACAGACAGUAUAAAAACAUCAAUCUUACAUCACUAUGACAUUCCACUUUUUCACAGAGGCAAAAUAUAAAGGUGGCACAUCCCAGCUUUUGGGUGAUUGAUAUCUUGGCCAAGUCAUCAGUUCAGUGAUGAGAAUAUAGAAAUCACAGAUCUUCUAACACAUUAACAUAAAUCGUGUUGAGUGAUAGUGUGGGAUUUCCAUUCGACAGUGAGAAGAACUUUUACUACAGUUAUAAUACACAUGGUAGGAUAGUUCGUGUGCCGUGAGGAUUCAUGACUGAUGAAUGAUUAUAUCAUUUGAUCAUUUGAUGAUAUCAUUUAAUGUCAUAUCAUCAACCCAUAUUACUAUAAUUUGUUUUUGGAUGUCAAGCAAUAAUUUAGGGAGAAGCUUCAGAUGUUUGCAAUCUGCAACCUCACAGCUAGAUGCCACUAAAUCCCACACACUAGACCUUUAAGACAAUGGAAUACUGAUUGUUGCAAAGGGUAUACAGUUGUGUGAUCCAAAUUUGGACCAAAGAAUGAUUCAUUUCCAUGGCUCAACAAUAAGGAUUGCCCGAUUGCCCGGGGCAAGUAAAACUCACAGUAUAAUACUAACAACUCACUUGCCCGAUCGGGCAAGUUGCUAAAUAGUAAGUUAAUAACUAAUUGAUAAAAUAAAUGUAUUUUAAAACGUGCUCUUCUGCUCUGAUGCAGCAGUCUCUCUGCCUGAAGUCACAGGCACAGCUGUGUAACAAUGUCCUGCCCACAUCCCCCAUUGAUAUUAUUUUGCGCGACGGACGCUUCAUAUAAUAACAUAACAAUAUACUAUUUAUGGUGUUAUGCCAUCGUGUCAUUUCUGUCUCUACAUGGUGACACGUUAACAAUUCUCCUCUGCUCUCUGUAUCGCGCACGGCAGAGUUCAGCCACACACACAGGUGAGCACGCUAGAGCGGCUCGGGCCGCAUUUUCCUGACCAAACCUGACCCUGAGCCCGGUGCGGCUUGUCAGCUGACAAAGUUAUUGAAAUGGACAGUGUGUAAAUAACCAACAGACUGCUGUUACGCACAGACAGACACGCUGCUCGCACAGCAGCUCAGCACGACACUCAUGCUUAACUUGUGUUGCGUUCAGGCGUUGUCACGUAAAUAACAACUUCCAACACUUAAAUAGGUCAUAGCACAAAACAGCAGCAUGUCAAGUGACUUUUUACUUCAUUAUAUUCAAUAAAAUUGUAUGUUCCUAAAUCUUGAGACACCUCAUAUGUAAGCUAGACAGACAUUUCACCUGCUCAUUACUGUGCACACAGGUACUGUAUGUACUUAGUCCUAAAGAGCCCUUCUGGUGCCAGUAGAUACAUAGAAACAUCCCAGCAGGCUGUGCUUAGCAAGCAUACAAAAAAGUUUCACGCAUAUGAAAAUUAUUUUUCAUGAGUGUGCUUCACCUCCGCUGCUACAACUCCAUCCUAGGGGAAACACUGCUGUGUGUGUUUUGUGCAACAGGUGGAUGUGGUAGUCUACUGGUAGAGUAGAGAGAGAGCUAAGUAGCAUUGAAGAACAGUAGAGCAGGGCAGAGAGAUGGAAGCAAAAUAUAUUAAACCCGGUGUUAAUACAGCAGAACUGGAGAGAGGGGUGGAAAAUAAAUAGAGGUGGGCAUGGCUCAAGUAGGGCGCAAAAUUACAGACGGAGAACGAUUGACAAAUUUUUCACUUUAAGCCCUGACACUGUCAUUUUUGUGUAGGAAUUAAGCUACAAUACAUGAUAUAUGUUGUUUUAAUUAAUAAAUACAGUGUGAAUAAAGAUUACAUAACAUAAAAAUAACUGCAAUCUUUGACCAACUUGCCCGACCGGGCAAGUGAAAAAAAACCUUAGCGUUGAACCCUGAUUUCUCAUCUGUACUUUGAGGAACUGGCCUUGAUGACCUGUUAUGGUGCCUAGAAAUGCAUUGACACUGCAUUUGUUAGUGUUAGCAAGAAGCCCACUAUUGUUCAACGCUAAACUUGUUACCAUACAACAGUAUAUGGUACAAGUGUCUCCUAUAACUUAAAAGUGUAUGCUUAGAGUGUGUAUGCUAUGCUCAAGUCUCAUCUUGGAGACCACCAGAGUCUCUAUAAUGUGUGCUAAAGUGUUAGCAACAUCACAGCCAGUGACUUAGUGUGCUAGUGGCUUAAGGCCCAUAAAAGUAUUUCUUUAUGAUAUUAAAUACGAAUGAUUGAAUAAUCAUCAAUCAAAGUUCGACAAAAAAACUUCCUUAGUUAUCAUUUCUACAUCCUGAUUGGUGCACAAAAUUACAUGACAUCACAUUUGUCCAACUGAGACUCAUCCACUUCAAACCAGUAAGGUGGGCACAAAGAAAAACACAAAAUAUACUUGAGAAAUAAUCAUAUCUGUACUCACUUUGGCAGAAUGACAUCAUGUAGGAUCCCAUCAUUCAUAGUAAGUAGCUGAUCAAAAAAAGCCAAACAUCCAAUUUAUUUAAAAGCAUGGAAAAGACAUUAACCUGGAGCUUCUCCUGCCAACAGCAGUGACCCACUAUCACUCAACCUUCUAGCAAUACUUUAUUGUGUUUUAUGAGCAGAAGCCCUCCAAAAUGCAAAUCAGCAACUAAAAGACCAUCUGCAAUGGCAGUAGACUUUCUCUGUAUCAUUACAUUUCACCCACAGAACCCCUUAAGACAGCAGUGAGCCAAGAGAGAACAAGAGCUUUGAGUUUGAUGUUAUUAGAACAUAGUUAUCUAAUGUAUGAACGAGACCUGCACCCUUGAUGCCUCCUGCACUGAUAGGGUGAUUUGGAGUCAGUGAGCUGCAUAGGAAACUAUUACUUAUCUGCAUGCACACCUGCAAGUAAAUUAGCUCAUACAGUAAGUGUACAGAAGUAAAGACAGCUUUGUUUGUUUGUGGUUUUCCUUUUGGGGACCAAAAGACCUCUCCAGGACAGAGAGAAAAAGACAGUCCUCUAUCAUAGGGCUUUUGCCAUUCCUCUGCACUACAAUGGCUUACAUUCAGGGUUCUGACCAGGGUUUAAUUUGUGUCAGAUCCUAUAUGUUGCAGAACCUCACAGAGUGGGACAGGUACUACUUUGUGCGACCAAGUACUAUCACUUUUUGAUCAAGAUAUUGUGUAAUGCAGGUAUCAACUACUGCCAUGGCUGAGGCUUAGGCUGUAGUUGUGGCUAUUGCUGUAGCUGUAUGGCUAUAUCUGUAACAACAGCUGUGGCUGUGAUUGUAAGUGGCUGGCUACUCUUUUCAGCUCCUAAAAUAGUUACAUUGGCCAAGACAGCUGCAAAGUUCCUACCAGAACGUGAAUCUGUUACAUCUAUUAGGUUUAACAGAUGUGUUACCAUACACCACAGGAGUUUAGGAAUAGCUUCGCCACAACACUCAGCCAAACCAUUUCAAUGUACUGCAUCAGCACUUUAUUAAAAACUUGCAGCUUUGCUAUUCAUAACAGCCAACAAUUCAACAAUUGUCAUAACCCCAGCGAUGUUCUUAGCUACAACCACAGCCUAUCACAAUGCAUCGUGACUUUGCAGAAAAACAUGAUAUGACCAUGACCUACCACCACAUUACAUGGCGGUGCAUGUGAUGUGUUAAAUUACAAGGGGGCAGCAUGGUUGGGUUUAGGCACCAAAACCACUUAGUUGUGUUUAGAAAAAAAGAUUUUUCGUUAAAAUAUAUUUGUUAUGUAAAAGACAUCGAGUUAAAACAACUCAACUGUGACUUUCAGUAUCAGUACGCAAAUAGUAGUCUUCAGGGUGAAAGUCCUGUGUUUGCUCAACUCAACCACCACCCCGACCUUUUCCCUCCCAACCCUUCCCUAACAUCACCAUUGCAUGACAUUGUUGAACCAGGAAAAGUGUGUCCGACAUGACAAAGGAUCCUAAUUGGCUUUCCACUACCAUUGCUUUCCCUUUGACGGCAUAUAAUUUUAACACAUUACAUACCACCACCAUGUAAUGCUGUAAUAAAAGGUCGUGGUCAUUUCAUGUUUUUCUGUAAGACCAGCAGUCAGUCAUAAAAUGAAUGCUACCACAGUCUUCCGUAGCUAACUGCAGGGCUUACAUUGUUAUCAUUAAAACAAUGUACCCUUAGUUUUAUAUUACUGUUAAACUUUUACCUCAUACAUGCCAACUGCUAUGAGGCCAGCUUAGUUUUGUUUCAGCCCAAACUUGUUUCCGCCCCCACAACCUGCUACAGCCAGGCACAGCACUGGGCACUCACACUGUGGUCAGAGCCAGUGCUUAUGACUACAGUUGGAGCUCGGUCCUACUGGGGUCUGGUAAUGACUGCCUGUUAGUAAGUAAUUGCUAACAGUGGUUACUCCAAAGUUCCUUAAGUUUAGACUUCACACAGAGCCUUCACCAGAGGAGUAACAGAACAGGUUAAAUAGGUGUUAGACAUAGGUCUAAUAGGUGCAAUUGAUGUAAGGUCCUCACAAGGGUGAUAAUAUAGAAACGUGUGUGUAUGUGUGUGUUUACUGUAUGUGUGUGUGUGUGUGUGCGUGUGUGCGUGCGCAUAGCAACAGUUUCCUUUUAACCUGUGGGCAGACAAUGUGAUUUAGAGUUUAAUCAACCUUGUUAAAGUGAAAUUUGUUUUGAUGUGAUUUGUCAGGUUUAAAAAUCAUAUUGAAUUUAAAGCCCAAACAGGCCUGUCAAAAUUUAAUUAGAGGUAAAUCAUGGCCCUAAUAUGACAUAACAUAUCCAUAGUAUCCAUUAUAAUGUAGCAUCAGCUGUGUGAGCCAGUGAGAGGAAUGUAGAAGUGGAGUGAGCACAAUGAACGUAUACUCCAAAACCCAUUCUCAUCAUCUCAUUAUCUUUUUAUUUAUUUAUUUGUUAUUGGAACAUGGUACCCUAACCAUAACCAGCAAACCAAGAGUAAUCCACUCCUGUGUCCUGAAUGCCGAGUAUGUUCCCUCAUCCGCCCAUCACUUGGACAGGUCAAGUGGAGCGGGUGAACGAGAGGCAGGGGCUUUAAUGAAUGUGUAAUCAACUUUGUUCGAGUGCUCGUGAAAUGAGCGUAUGGCCAGCUCUGUCUCUCUAAUACACAAACAGCCGUGGCUCAUGAGAGCUGUAGUGAUGGAGACAAAAGAUGCCAGCUUGUCGCUGAAGAGAGGCGCCAGGCAGGCUACACAGCAGGGUGAAUAGCCUCAUCAGCACCAUCUCUUCCUGUGUUUCGAUCCAUCCCUCGCUCUCCAAUCAUGCUAAUUACAGCAGAAGAGUGGAGAGGGCAACCAGCCGAACACACGCAGAAGCAUGCCUCGAUCACAGGCACACACACGCAUUUGUGCUUGAAGAUCUCAUCAUUAAAUGGGGUGAAAAUAUACAGAUAGCCACAAGUGUGUGUGUUCUGAAAGUGAGAACAUAUUAGUGUACUUAUUUGCUUCAGUGACCUCAGUAGUUUUGAAAGUGGCACAGACAAAGUUAGGCAUUCAAUGUCCUUACAUUCACUGCUGCAUCACUCAUAGAGCACUUCAUUGAGAAAAAGAAAUGUUAUUUACAAGAAUGUGUACUCAUAUACGUGAUGAUAUGGAGAAAUUCUCAAAGUUUCCAGGGUCCAAACCAUAGCACCCGGCAAACUGACCUGCAGUGAAAAAACAUUCUCUGCCAUACGUAGUCAAUGUAAAGACGUGUGUUUCUGCAGUCCGGCUCAGUAUUGUUGCUUUGUGAAAAUACUCUAUCUACAGUACCUUCUCUGGUAUCCCUCAUCUUGCACAAAUUUCAACCUUUUCAGUGGUCUCUUUUGUGAAUCUAUUGUAAUUUUGAAUGUGACGUUUUGAUUAUGAGAUGAAAAAAAAAGAACUCACCUUGAAUCAUGGUAUAGAAAUAUCUGUAUCUGUGUUGUAAUGUGAAAUUAAUUCAUCUGUGGAGAGAUGUACAAUACAGUAUCACAGCACAUGGGAAUGUGUCCUUUAAAAAAAGUGAUUGGACUUUGGGGAAAGAUGCCAACUCUGUGCCAUAAAGAGACAUCUUACAGCACUAGUGCCUGUUCAAAUACAAAUGGUCAUAUACCUCUCCUCCACCAUGCUGUUGGCUGUGUCUGAAAAGUAAAUAUCAUACUGAUGUUUACAAUUAUAUACUGAACCCACUGCCAUGUAAGAGACACGUUGUACAUAUGACAGCUUUGUUGACAUUUAUGUCCUAAAUUUUAUCAGAAGGUUGAGAGUCAGGAUCUGCAUAUGUUUUAAAUUAAACAUGCAGACAGUUUUGUUUUGGCUCUCAUCUUCUGUGCAUUCAAUUGAGACUUUGAGGUAAAGGAUAAGGCUGGCAGUAUUCUACAGUUUUCUUAUCAUCAACAAAACCCUGACCUGAUAAUCAGCCAGAAAUUUCAAUUUGUUUCAUGUCAUUCAUUCAGCCUGAAAUUGUGUUUUUGUUAACUGAUUUCUUGUCGAGAGCGACGCUAUUGUGGUCCGCAAGCGUUCCCAAGCACCUUUUUCACAGUGCAACCAAUCACAGCCAGCUAAUAUCUUUCCUUUAUUCAGUAAAUAACAAUCUAUGGUAAAUAUGAGGAGGCACAACACCAGACCAGUUGGCAAUUCAGAGGUUUUAGGCCUCAUUUACACCGCAAGCGUUGCGUUCACUUAGAGGUCCACAAGCAUUGUGGCAGCACACGUGUAUUCGCACCAAAACCAAACAGACGCGUCACACAGUGGCCGCUGCUGUCCCAUCAAAAUACAAACCACACCUGAACAGUGCACCGUGUUUGCAAAUCUCUAAUAAACCCCAAAGAAGAAGAAUUGAGUUUGGACUCAAAGCCCAGGGUGGACAGGUUUGUGCGCCAGUGAUUAUUCCAGUGCUUGGAGAAUUAAUAUUUAGCACUACAAAUGGGUAAGUACAUGAAACAUGUGCCUGUCAGGUCUCGCUUGGUCAAGGGGGAGAUGUCUACGGUGGCCAAGAGAGGUCACAACACACGCAAACUCUUGUGUUUUGUUGAAUACCGUGACCAUUCGCACGCAUCGCUUGCGGUGUCAAUGAGGCCUUAGACUUUAUGUAAACAAAUUCUGCAAAGACGCUAAAACCAACUGUAAAUUACAAAGACAUCAAUGAGCUACACCUUCGCACUGGGUGACAUUACCAUUCAUUACCAUGAACAAACACACUGUAGUUUAUUUUGAAUCAAUCCUACAUUCACCAUCCUGCACAAUGUUGUUGAAUAUAGUCCCCCAGAAUAUACUAUUUACUACAGUGUCAGUUGUAAGUGAAUGACAUAGCAUUUUUAAAAAAUGAAACUGUACAUUUUUAAGAGAUUCACAUCUUCAGUCUGAACAAAUAGGCUCAGGGCUGACUGAGUGCCUCAGACAGUUUUGGAAAGUUAGAAAGUAUUGCAAGAAGGAUUAAUGGAUUGUUGAUUUUGGUCUUUUCAGGAUUUGUUGACACGAGAAAAAUAUACCACAGCCUUAUUCUUUAAAAUGCUGACUCUCAGCUUUAAUUUUGAGGGUGACUACAUUCAAGUCCAAUCAACUGUGUAGAACAUGAAUGCAUAUCCCCCAAGGGUAUAGGGCUACAAUUCUAUGGUUCCCUCAAGAUUUUUUUAAUCCCUCAAAUACCCUCAAAGCUAAUGUCAGCAAUUAAACUUCACAGUAAAUGUUUCAUUUGAAGUCUUUUGAAGUGGCUGGAAUACAGAGUUAAAUGAUGCUGCGCAGUAUGUGAAAAAAUACAUUUCUGAUGAUAUAUGUGAAUGAAUGCUGUACAUGAAUACGAAACAUAAAUAUUAAACACACACUAAGUAUUAUCAGGCACUUUUCAGCCACAGCCACAAGUCUGAGUUGAAACUGUAUUGUGCUGUAUCUAUUUUGCUUGUUUCUAUCAAAGGAAUAUAUUUCUAACAGAGAUUUAGGUUGAGCAUUUCAAACGGCUCUGUUUCUCCAUGAAUUCAAUCAUGCUAUUGCUGUUUGAAAAGAAAAAAAAAAGUUCAUUUUGUAUAUCUUUUCACUGCACAUACUGCUCUGAGGUGACUGUGUAUCUGUUACUGCCUCCAUUGUUAAUGACUCUUUGCCAUUUGUGGAGUCACAUUUACUGUACAGUGGGUGUUUUUAUCUGUGAUCUUUGCCAGAAUAGGGGAAUCAAUUUUAAUGUCUUCUAUUAAAGAAGUGUAUUCAUUUAAAGCAA